GGCGCUCCGAAGAAUCUUCUGCACGGUUAUAAGCCCAGUGCUCGGAGACUCCAAGAGGCAAAUAGAAAAAGCGGAAAUUAGUACUUCCCUUCCCACCGCCUCCUCUCUCUUUAAUCACACUCUCGCUCGCUCUCGUUCUCGCUCUCGCUCGCUUGCUUUCUCGCUCUCGUUCGCGCUCGCUCGCUCUCACGUCGCUCUCUCGCUGUGGGUUCGAUGGCGUCGUCGUCGAGCAGCGGGCUGACCUUCAAGCUUCACCCACUGGUGAUCGUCAACAUCUCCGAUCACUACACCCGGGUCAAGGCCCAGGCCCAGUGCUCCUCCUCCUCCGCCGCCCCCGGCGCCGACGCCCCCGGAGCCACCCCCAAUGGCGGCUCUCAUCCGCCCCCGCCCCGCGUCUUCGGGUGCGUCAUCGGCAUCCAGCGCGGCCGCACCGUCGAGAUCUUCAACUGCUUCGAGCUCCUUUACGACCCCAUCACCAACACCCUCGACCGCGCCUUCCUCGAGAAGAAGCAAGAGCUCUACAAGAAAGUUUUCCCGAAUUUUUAUAUACUGGGGUGGUAUUCGACAGGGAGUGAUGCCCAGGAGUCAGAUAUGCAGAUUCACAGAGCUUUGAUGGAUAUUAAUGAAAGUCCUGUUUAUGUCCUUCUGAAUCCUUCAAUCAACCAUGCUCAAAAGGACCUUCCAGUGACCAUCUUUGAAAGUGAGUUGCAUGUCAUUGAUGGAAUUCCUCAGCUCAUAUUUGUUAGAUCAAACUACACCAUUGAGACUGUAGAGGCGGAACGAAUUUCAGUCGAUCAUGUAGCUCAUCUCAAGCCAUCUGAUGGCGGCUCAGCUGCAACUCAAUUGGCUGCCCAUCUUACUGGAACACAUAGUGCCAUCAAAAUGCUAAAUAGCAGAAUCAGAGUUGUUCAUCAAUAUCUGCUUGCCAUGCAGAGAGGUGAUAUUCCCCUUGACAAUUCAUUGCUUAGGCAAGUCUCGAGCCUUCUGAGAAGAUUGCCAGCCAUGGAAUCAGAGAAGUUCCAAGAUGAUUUUCUGAUGGAAUUCAAUGACACACUUCUCAUGACCUACCUCGCGAUGUUCACAAACUGUUCAAGUACCAUGAAUGAGCUGGUUGAUAAAUUGAACACCACCUAUGACAGACACAGUAGAAGGGGAGGCCGGACUGCUUUCAUAUAGUUGGCAUGCUUGUUUUGCUGGCAUCCUCUCUAUAAGUUUUCUAUCAUAGAGUUCAUAUUAAUUUUCCCAUUUUUGUCAUUGAUGCCUCCGGUUUGGAGUAUCAAGUUCUUAUUCUUGUUUUUGAAAUCUGUUUGUGCGUCAAAGAUCUAUCUCAUACUUCAGCUCAUGUAUUUUAAAAAAAACUUUAGAAUGUUUUGCAAACUCAUAUUCCAUAUAUUGUUUUCGUAAGAUGGUGUUCAUGGUUCAAGAAAUAGGGACAGCACAAUGCUGGUCGGGAAAAUAACUAUUCUACCAUUGAAGUGAAA